AUGGAAAACAUCGAUAUCCCUGGUGAUGCGCCUUCUACAAUCCCGAAAUGUCCGAGAGAAGGGACUGCCAUCCCGUCUUCCUCACAAGUUUCUAUUCCGGGUUCCCAGGAUGUCGAGGAUGACCCUCCGGCCAGUCAAGAUCUUAAGCACUGGGAGCACGUUGGGACAUUCCGCGAUUAUGUCGUGGGCGUCCAAUACUAUCGGGGUCUCGUCGGCGAGGGCGAAUCGGUAAUGCUGCGACGAGAUCCCGCGAACGAAUACGAUUCGAACGCUAUCCAGGUUGUGAACGCCGGGGGUGACCAAGUUGGUCACCUUCGUAGAGGGCUCGCCAUGCAACUUGCCAGCUAUAUGGACAGUAAUAAAAUUUUCGUCGAGGGACGUAUGGCGGAGCAUAAUUUGGAUGGCUUCAAACACUACGAGUUGGGACUAGACCUUUCCAUUUACCGCAAUCGCGCCAUUAUCCCAGCUCGUGAGGCCGAUGAUCCGUGCGCCUGA